CCAUUCCACUACCAAAUAUUGCAUGCUAGAGAGAGAGAGAGAGAGAGAAGCAGAAAAAGUUGAAAGCAGCAGACUAUAAACAAAUCUCCAUUAUUCACAUACACCGCACACAAUCCUUAUACAUACAUCUAUGUCGAUAUUCUAUAACAUAUACACCUAUUCUCACAAAUCACUGGUUUGAGAGAGAGAGAGACACGGGGGAAAAAAAGACAAACCAAAUCUUCACUUACAGCGUUAGAAAAAGAAAAACAAAAAAAAGAGAAAAUGAUACGAUUUGGUGUUUCUGUUGGGUUGAAACCAUUCACUUUGCACUGGCCAUCACCAUCAUUGUCCACUUGCACAGCUAUUAUCUACUUCAAUUAAGUCUUUUUCCCUCUCUCUCUCUCUCUCUCUACACAUCCACACACACGCACAGGCACACGCUGUGUACUUUGUGUUGAUCUCUCCAUUUCUUCUUUAGUCAAUGCUUUAGUUCCGGAUAUUAAAAGAAGCUAUUUUGCAUCUGGGGUUUUUGCGGGAGUUUUGAAGAAAGCGACUUUUUAGUGUUGUAGAUUUUGACUUUUAGCCUCUGAUUCUGGUGUUUCUUGGUUUUUGUCAUCUGGGUUUCUCGAAAUUGUCUGUGAAUUGAAAAUUUGAGUUUUGAAAAAAUGAUUGUGGAAGAAAUUAGGGGUGAUGCCGAGAAUUUCCCGGCGGGGAUGCGUGUUCUUGCUGUUGAUGAUGACCCAACUUGCUUGAUGUUAUUGGAAACUUUACUCAGAAAAUGCCACUAUAAUGUCACUACAACGAACCAGGCAAGGAUUGCGUUGAAAAUGAUCAGGGAAAACAAAGACAGAUUUGACUUGGUGAUUAGUGAUGUGCACAUGCCGGACAUGGAUGGCUUUAAGCUUCUGGAACUUGUUGGUCUUGAAAUGGAUCUACCCGUUAUCAUGCUGUCGGCGAAUAGUGAUCCCAAGCUUGUAAUGAAAGGGGUUACUCAUGGUGCUUGCGACUAUUUGGUGAAACCUAUUCGGAUUGAAGAGCUGAGGAACAUUUGGCAGCAUGUAAUAAGGAGAAAGAAGUUUGACUCUAAGAACCAGAAUAGAUCGAGCGAUCUAGCCAAAGCUCAUCAGGCAAGUGGAGAAGGUCACGGGUCUCCGUUGGCAGGAAAUACUGAUCAGAAUGCAAAAUUUAAUAGAAAGAGAAAGGAUGAUGAAGAUGAGAUUGAAGAUAAUGAAUAUGAAGACAAUGGGGCACAGAAGAAACCCAGGGUUGUUUGGACUAUAGAGCUGCACAGGAAGUUUGUCACAGCAGUUAAUCAGUUGGGAAUAGAAAAGGCCGUUCCCAAAAGAAUUCUGGACAUGAUGAACGUUGAAGGCCUUAGCCGGGAAAAUGUGGCUAGCCAUCUCCAGAAGUAUAGGCUUUACCUGAAACGAAUCAGUACGGUUGCGACCCAGCAAGCAAACAUGGCUGCUGCACUUGGGGUUAAGGAUUCUGGUUUCAUGCAUAUGGGUUCAUUGGAGGGGUAUGGAGAUUUUCGAACUUUUACUGGAGCAAGACUAGCUAAUGUUGCACUAUCACCUUACACAAGUGGCAUGUUUGGUCGACUAAACAGUCCUGGUAAUGUGAAUAUUCGUAACCUUACACCAUCCUCUCUAGUCCAGCCAAGUCAAGCUCAAAACUUGAGCAACUCCAUCAAUUCACUUGGGAAAAUGAAUCUUGUCCUUCCGACUUCCAAUCAAAGUCCAAGUUUAUUUCAAGGAAUUCAGCCGUCCCUGGAUCUGGAUCCGUUGCAACACCAUAAGGGCACUGCAAAUUUCAAUAGUAUCAACAGCUCGAGAAUGUUCAGAACUGGCAGUACGUUCACAGAUACUGGAGCGGCUCUAGGCAGCUCGAACAACUUGUUACAUAGUCCCAUGAGUAAUCCGCAGAUGCUGCAUGGAAACUCACAACCACCUCUGAGUGGUGGAGGGUUUGUGACUCACUCAGAAACCUUCAAUAAUGGUGUUUCUGAUUCCACCAAUGGGAACUGGCAGAAUAGUAUUGAAGCAUCUAAAAUACACCCAAAUCCUCUCCUUUCUGCUGAGCCUUUUCACAGUCAGUUGCCUCUUAAUGGUUUGAGAGAUCAUACUUCUUCAAAUGGGACUUAUUUACAGAACAAUCCUGUUGGUGUUUCUUCUGGCUUGGCCUUACCACCUUUUGAAGAUUCGAGGGAAAUACAGUGCCAGGUAGGGUCGAUGGGCGAUGUGCAGAAUAUGAAUCAAGUCCCUUCUCAAAGUUGGGCAGAGCAAAUACAGGGUAGCGGAAUCUUGAACCAGAAGACUGGUGGCAGAUCGAGUGGCGGUGCUUCAGCUCUUGUGCAGCAGAAUGGGGAUGGAAGGCUGGCUACAGAAUCCAGAUCAAGGUCUAACGAGGACUUCCUCUUUGUGCAGCCAAAGUUACAGUCGGGAUUUACUCCUCAAGGUUAUGAUUCGCUGGACGAACUGGUUAAAGCUAUGAUCAAGCGGGAACAAGAUGAAACUGUGGCAAAUGGUGAGUUUGUGUUUGAUGAUUACUCGUUUGGAGCAGGUAUAUAACGAAGAUGUAGCACGCGACUCUUCAUGAAGCGCCUGUGCGAAAUAGGAGCUUUCUUCAAGAAUGUAUCUAUAUUUAAAAUUGUCUCAUUUAUGAUUUCUCUGAUCCCUUUUAGCUUGAUUGUAGUUCCUGCUAGUUUUCCACUUGUAAAUCUCCAGUUACAUUGAGCAUUGAGAAACUUCGAUUUUCUUGAGUUUAGAAUUUAUGAAUAAAAGUUUCAGCAUUGGCCAAA